AAGUUUUAGAAUAUAGUUUUAUACCAAUGUUUAUAGUUCGAGUGUAAAGACGAAAAAAUAAUGAGCGAGAAAUCUUCUUCCAAGGACGAAGCACAAGACAAAAGGCAAGAUGGAAAGGAACAGCAAGAAUCUAAAACGAGGACUGAGAAUAAAGAGGGCGGCGAUGAAAACGAAGAUCUUGAUGAAGAAGCAGACAACGAUCAAGAUGAUGAAGGAAUCGAUGUGACACCAGGAAAAGAGAAAUCCAAAACAAAAACAGAUCGUAAAAAAUUAUCAGAAAGAAUCGAAAAUUUUCAAGUUCGGAUAAAAAUUCACGAAGGAAGACAAAUGACAGGAUCGAAUAUUAAACCAGUGGUGAAAAUCAAAUGUGGACCGAAUCAAACAAAAAUAACAAGAGUAAAGAAAGGGGCGUCUCCCGUCUGGGAAGAAAUAUCAGCAAAGAAGAUGCGGAUGAUUUUUAAGCAAAAAUAUCGAGAAAAAUAUGGCGUGGAUAUAUCGGACGCAGACUUAUUAGAGGAAUAUCGCAUGGCUAAACUAAAAGCUGACAGGAGACAACGAGAGCAAUCUCUGGAAAUGAAGGCAGAAGACGAGAUGAAUAUUCUGGAAGAAGUACGGACCCUCAAACAAGCCAAAGAGGAUCUUACGCACGUAAAAAACAAGAUGACAAUUUACGGAUAA